AUGUUUACCCUUACUGAGGUUUCCUCUCUUUAUGAUGCACAGACAACAUUCAGAAUCCUAAAACCCUGGUGGGAUGUCUUCAAAUACUAUAUAGCUCGAGUUAUGCUGAUGCUGGCCAUCUUUGUAGGAGCUAUGCAGUUAAGUAAAGAUCAAGUAUUGUGCUUACCUGAGACCGAGUCAUUGACAGAAACAAAAAUGCAGACCAUUCACUCCAGUCAGUACUAUUCAGCAGACGACACUACAACUAGUUCUGGAAGUAGAGUUUCUUUGGUAAAUUCUCUUACUGAGCAAAGAGAAUCACUAAGUAGUUCUAAUACACAAGAAUAUACAACAAUCACAUCAGAAGUGGAAAACAGUGGAAAAAAUAAUCAAAAGGGGCACAAAACAUACUUAGACUAUCAACAAUAUGUAUUUAUUAAUCAGAUGUGCUACCAUGUAGCUCUGCCCUGGUAUUCAAAGUAUUUUCCUUAUCUUGCUCUUAUACACACAAUUAUCCUCAUGGUUAGCAGCAAUUUUUGGUUCAAGUAUCCUAAAACAUGUUCCAAAAUUGAACAUUUUGUCUCCAUAUUAGGAAAAUGCUUUGAAUCCCCUUGGACCACCAAAGCAUUGUCUGAAACAGCAAAGGAAGAGACUGCAAAAAGAAAGCAAAGAACAAAUGGUGCACUAUCAAUACACAAGAAUAUUUCAGCAGACAGAAAGAAAGGUAGUCCUAUGACCUCUAUGUUAAACAAUAAAUCAGGAUCGAUACCUUCAGCUGAAAAAUCUGCUGCUGAGGUUCCUCCUGUGACUAUUUUGGAUAAAAAAGACAGAGAGCAGGCAAAAGCACUUUUUGAAAAAGUAAGAAAAUUCCGUUCUCAUGUAGAAGACAGCAAUUUGAUUUAUAAACUUUAUGUUGUCCAAACAAUUGUAAAGACUCUAACAUUCAUUUGGAUUCUGUGCUAUACUUUGACCUUUGCAACAUCAAUUACAUUUGUACACAGAUGCACCCCAGCAGUAAAGCAUUUAACAGGCUAUGCAGUAUUUUUUUGUACACACAAUAUGGCUUUUAUGCUGAUAAAAUUGCUGAUCAGCUACAUUGCCUUUAGUUGCAUUUAUGGCAUUGUGUGCCUUUAUACGCUGUUUUGGUUAUUUUGGAGACCAUUGCAGAAGUACUCGUAUAAGAAAGCCAGAGAAGAAGCAAGCUUGAGUGACAUUCCAGAUGUCAAAAAUGAUUUUGCAUUUCUUUUGCAUAUGGUGGACCAGUAUGAUCAACUGUAUUCCAAAAGGUUUGGUAUCUUUUUGUCAGAGGUUAGUGAAAGCAAGCUUCAGGAGUUUAACUUAAAUGAUGAGUGGACACUUGAAAAACUUUCUCAGCAUGUCAUAACCAAUGCUCAGAAUAAGAAAGAACUCCAUCUGUCCAAGCUGUCUGGUAUACCUGUUGCAGUAUUUGACCUGACUGAUCUGGAGGUAUUAAAGCUUGACUCAAUAACUGAAGCAAAAAUAAAACCUAAAAUCCAAGAGAUGAUCAGUCUGCUGGAACUGCAUCUGUACUAUUGUCAAACAAUUGUCGAAGAUACUGCUUUGAAUUUCCUUUGCGAUCACCUGAAAUGUCUUCAUUUAAAGUUCAUUGAUGAAAGAAAUAUACCUAGUUGGACUUACUCACUCAGAAAUCUUCAGGAACUUCAUUUGAUUCAUGAUCUAAGUGCUAAAACCAAAAUGAUAGCACCUGGGUCUCUCAAGGAGUUGAGCCAGCUUAAAUCUCUUUAUAUUAUGAGUAACCUCUCUAAGCUUCCAGCAAGUAUUGCUGAUGUGUCAAGUUAUCUUACCAAACUUGUGGUUCAAAAUGAUGGAACAAAGCUUGUAACUUUAAACAUUCUGAAGAAGAUGACAAAUAUAGCAGAAUUAGAGCUACAGAACUGUGAAUUAGAAAGAAUUCCACAUGCUAUUUUCAGUCUGACGAAUCUACAAGAUCUAGACUUAAAAUCAAACAAUAUUCAAACAAUUAAUGAGAUUGUUAGUUUUCAGCAUUUACACCAACUAACUAGUUUGAAGUUGUGGUAUAAUGAGAUUACCCAAAUUCCGUCAACAAUCUAUCAUUUAAAAAAGUUAGAAAAGCUUUAUCUUAACAACAACAAACUAGAAAUUUUACCUGCAGCACUUUUUAAGUUGCGUCACUUGAAAUACUUGGAUGUUAGUUAUAAUUCCUUAAAAGUCAUUCCACCUGAUGUUGGGCAUCUUCAGAAUUUGCAAUACUUUGCUGUUACGGGGAAUAAGUUGCAACAGUUGCCUUCAGAGUUGUUCAGAUGUACUAAAUUAAGAUCUCUAAAUUUAGGUCUUAACCGUAUUACUUCACUUUCAGAAAAAAUUGGCAACUUGGUGCAACUGACAUAUCUUGACCUUAAAGAAAACUGUCUGGAUCGCCUUCCAUCACAGCUUGGUCAGUGCCACCUCUUGAAAAGAAGUAGCUUAAUUGUGGAAGAUCAUUUGUUUGCAGCAUUACCUUCAGAAAUUAAAGAUGUUUUGGAUUGUGAGUCAGAUACCACUACAUUUGUAAAUGGAACUUGAGAACUCAAGAUCAUGACUUUUAGUGCUACUAAAUGACCUGGAUUUGUUGAAAUGAACAAGGACCGUUACAGUGAAUAUCACAAGCUUUAGAAUGUAACCAGCUUUUUUACCGUUGACAGCAAAACACAGAUUUUUGUUUGCAGACUGGGUUCACCAAAAUGGUGCCUCAUUUCAUCCUGAAAAGAAUAUUUCAGCAAACAGAAAUAAA